CGCAUGGUGGGGGUGUGAACACAUGUACACACAGUCACACUCAUACAGUCCACGCAGAGAGAGAGAGAGACGGACAAACGCGCGUUUUAUUCCUCACAGGACUCUUUUUAAGACUUGAGGCGAGUAAGGGAGCCGACGAGUGAGCCCAAAGCCAGCUGCGGACACUUCAGGAGCACGACUAAAAAAAAACAACCAUGGGAAAAGGAUGCAUCACGGUCACCAAGUACUUUCUAUUCCUCUUCAACCUCCUCUUCUUUAUAUUUGGUGCACUGAUCAUGGGCUUUGGAAUAUGGGUACUCUUCGAUAACCAGAGCUUCAUUGCUGUUCUACAGGAAUCUUCGGACACGGUCAAAGUGGCGUCAUACAUCCUCAUUGGGGUAGGGUCCCUGUCGAUGGCCAUGGGCUUCUUCGGCUGCAUCGGAGCCAUCUAUGAAAUCCGUUGUCUGCUGGGUCUGUACUUCACCUGCCUCCUGCUCAUCCUCAUCGCCCAGGUCACUGCUGGAGUUCUCAUUUACUUCCAGAGAGAUCGGUUGAAACAUGAGAUGUCCAACAUCAUUAAAGGCAUGAUAAUCAACUACACCGGACAGAACAGGACCACAGAGCACACCUGGGACUACAUUCAGAGAAAAAUGGAGUGCUGUGGGUGGACUGGUCCAGGCAACUGGACUGAGAAUCUUCUGAUCAAAAACAGCACCCAGAACCUCUACCCCUGCUCCUGCCGGAACGACUCCCUGCCUGGCACAGACGUUAGGGAGGUUGGCCUGUGUGACCACCUGUCUGCAGAACCGCCCGUCUUUGAAACGGGUUGUAUAAACAGCGUGGAGAACUGGCUGAUGGAAAACUGUGGAGUUAUUCUGGGGAUCCUCGUUGGUGUGGCAGUAGUGGAGCUCUUGGGGAUGAUUCUCUCCAUGUGCCUGUGCAAGAGUGUUGUCCAGGAAGAUUACACCAAAGUACCCAAGUACUGAGCUGCACAGGCAGAGCCGGCCCCAGAUCACACACAGAUGGAUGGACUCCACUCUUUCUCAUCCACUCAUGCACACACACACACACACACACACACACACACACACACACACAGACACACGUUGAACAGCUGUGUCCAACAUUUCAUCUUCUGAUGCCUUCACAGCCGUGGAAAUUUAAAUUUCUCACACACUCCUCAGCACGGUGUGUACCACGCACAGAAAACACACCCUCCUCUCAAUCAAGCCUGACAGACACACCAGUUGGACGUAACUUCAAUGCCAUUUAAUGUCUUAUUGUUUUUUUUUGUUUGUUUGUUUCAAUAUUUUUAUUGAAAGCUUAAGAUUUCUAUCAUUCGAUACUACGCAAAUGUUCAUUCACAUGUUCUUGUAUUUUUGUUGUUUUGCUGACCUCAGUGAAGCGCUUAACAUAGUGUUAGAGUGAGCACUUUAGCAACUUUGUGAAAGCUUAGAGCCACAUAGUCCUAUUCCAGGGCAGCGAGAUGAGAGGGGACUGCAGAGUGUGUGUGGGUGCAUGGUCAACCCUCUGAAGAAUUACUGCCACCCUGUGAUCCAGCAGCUGGUAUUUUUGGUGCUGAGGGUGGAGGAAAGGCCCUGGGCUGGGCUGCUGGGCGGUGGUGGAGGUUUUUGGAUUCUGUGGUCAGAUCUCUGUAACCAGUUGCCCUGAUAUUAGCCUCCACUGACACCCACCACCUCCUCCCCCCUGCCCAUCAUCAUCUGUGAUCGCCUCCAAAUCUGUCUUCCUGUCAGAUGUGCGCGACUCUUUUAAACAACCAUGAAGUAGCUGUGUUUUGUUGUGCUAAGUUACACGUUUUUGUUGGUUUUGUUUUUUUCUUUUGUAUUCUCGUGUCUGUUUUUUUUUUUUUUUAACUGUACAUAUGUUUUCUCUAAGGGAUGAAGGCACCUCGGUGCUUAGUCAUCAUUUUAUAUGGGAAAGUCUCACCCGCUGCUCUUGUUUUAAGAGUCCUAUUGUUCUUUGUUUCCUCUCUGUUUAUGAUGUGCGGACUCGGUCUGCGUUAGCAGCUUGUCAGCACUAUUUCGGUCUAAAUCAGGGAAAUUGGAACCGUUUGAAUCUGUCAUCACUCCUAAAGCCAUAUUUUCAUUACUUUGACAAGGAAUUUGUUCAGGACCAGAAAGCCCACCACAGCUCCUGCCCAGCACCUCUUUAUUUGAUCUCCUGACACCGGCUUUUGUUAUGAAAAGUUGUGCUUUUACCCC